UAAUGCAAUGUAUUCUCAAAUUUUGAUAUAAUUUGAUUAUUAUUAAUCAGUAUCUUAUCUACUUUUCCAUCCAUCCAUCCAUCCAUCCAUCCAUCCAUCCAUCCAUCCAUCCAUCCAUCCAUCCAUCCAUCCAUCCAUCCAUCCAUCCAUCCAUCCAUCCAUCCAUCCAUCCAUUUCCUGUACCGCUAUGUCCCCACGGGGGUCGCGGGUGUGCUGGAGCCUAUCCCAGCGGUCAUCGGGCAGUAGGCGGGGGACACCCUGAACCGGUUGCCAGCCAAUCGCAGGGCACACAGAGACAAACAACCAUACGCACUCGCACUCACACCUAGGGACAAUUUGGAGUGCUCAAUCGGCCUACCAAGCAUGUUUUUGGGAUGUGGGAGGAAACCGGAGUGCCCGGAGCAAACCCACGCGGGCCCGGGGAGAACAUGCAAACUCCACUGUGUGUGUGUGUGUGUGUGUGUGUGUGAGAGAGGAAGGGAUGGGGUGAUGUUCAUGUGUGCUCAUGUGUAUGAUGUGGCUCUUUGCGGUAACACUGUAAAAAAUGUGGCUUUUAGUCUCUGACUGGUUGGCCACCCAUGGACUGUAGCCUUGGUUAAAUAAAAAUAUUUCAAACAAACUCAGGAAAAAAACCUUGUUUAGUGGAUACUGCAAUCUACUUCACUUUUACUUUCACUUUCAAAUUGACUUCACUUUAACUUUUACUUUCACUUUCAAAUUGACUACACAAAGACCGUUUGAACCUUAAUGACUAGCUCAGAAACCGUAGUGCAAGUGAUUCCUUUUCCUUGACUAAAGGCAUUUGAUAAGAAGUCGGAACAGCACUCCAUUGUGACCACAAAGACAGCAAUCGUCGCCUGGGCAUCCUGGAAGGGGGAUCCUCCCAUCUGUGGUGCCUUCUCAAGGUGUCUCAUUUUUCCCCAAUCUUAACUCUCCAUCAAAAUGGCUAACAGGGUACGAAAUGAGUUACUGAUGAACACAACCCUAAUUGAUGAACUGGUAGAAGUGGUAAAAGAAUCAGCAUUUACAUAUGGCUCCCUUGUGAGGCUUAGAAAAUCCCCCAACUCAUCAGAGGAGGUGACGUAUGCUCCUAUCACUCUCUUCCCUACGCCAGUACCAAGAGCUCUUUUCCUCCAAGGCAUGGCAGUGCAAAUUCACUACAACACACUGAUGAAUAAGAUCAGCCAGGAUCCUGACUUCUUGGAAGAGGCUCUUGUCAGCACCAUGACUGUGGAUGAUUUUACUGCAAGACUGUUCGAGAUACAUCGGCAGGUCCUUAAAAAAGGAAGGUUGCAGACAGUUGUGUUGGGUCUGAACCGGUCAGACUACAUGUGGGAGCAGGAGAAUGGACACACAUCUCUGAAACAGAUCGAGAUCAAUACCUUUGCUGCUGCUGCUGGAGGCGUGGCUUCUCGCAUUUCUGAUGUACACAGACACAUUCUUCAGGUGGCUGGCCAGCUGGAGGAGAGCCAGCGCAUCAUCGACAACAAUCCUGCAUUGGGUCAGGCCAAAGCUGUGGCCAAGGCCUGGGAACUCUAUGGAUCAAAGAGAGCGGUUGUCAUGUUUGUGGUGGAGGAGAACCAGAUCAAUAUUCUGGAUCAACGAAUAAUUGAGAAUGAGCUGUGGAAAGGGAAUAUUACCACCAUACGAAAGCGUUUUGAGGAUAUCUCUGAAUCUGGACGCCUAGAUGAGGACAAGAGACUAUUUGUUGAUCAUCAGGAAGUUGCAGUGGUGUACUUCAGGAACGGUUAUAUGCCUCAGCACUACAAGUCUGAAAAGGCAUGGGAUGCUCGCCUGAUGAUGGAGUGCUCCUUGGCUGUGAAAUGUCCGGACAUCAGCACUCACUUGGCUGGAACCAAGAAGGUCCAGCAGGUGCUUGCCCAGCCAGGUGUUCUGGAACGAUUCUUUCCCGACCAGCCGCAAGUAGUGGAGCAAAUUAGGGCCACCUUUACUGGCCUCUACUCUCUGGACAUGGGAGCAGAAGGGGACAAAGCGGUAGAAAUGGCUUUGGCUGCACCGGAUCGGUUUGUCCUGAAGCCUCAGCGAGAGGGAGGAGGAAACAAUAUUUACGGACAAGAGAUCUGUGAGGUUCUUGGCAAAGUGAAGAGCAGUGCAGCGAGAAUGGCCUAUAUACUGAUGGAUAAAAUCCAGCCCGGGUCUUCACUGAACUACCUGCUGAGAUUGGGCAGGCCCCUCAAAAUUAGUAAUUGUGUUAGUGAACUGGGCUUCUUUGGAACCUAUGUCAGCCAUGGCAAAGACAUGCUGAUGAAUGAUUGUGUGGGCUAUCUUAUGAGGACCAAGAGUACAGAAUACUCCGACGGUGGUGUAGCUUCUGGAGCAGCAGUCCUGGACAGCGUGCUCCUCUUCUGAGUACCUGGACUUGGCACAAUUCUCUGCCAUUAGUUAACGAUGUGCUCUCUCUCGUAAUGUUUCCCCGGUCUUCCAGUCUACAUCUACCUAAUUGAGGCUCUGGUGAUGACAAUGCACAUGGAUACAAGAUGCUACAACUGUUUUCAAUGGAUUGAUCUUCUGUUUCCGACCAUGUCUGUCCUUGACCUUCCUGCCCCGUUGUUGUCCCAGGAAUCCUUUCUGCCCCUGACAGUGAAUUCUGCCUUAAGUCUGGUUCACACAGCAAGUUUUAAAACAAAUUGGUGGACUUUCAAACUCCGAGAGACCCCACACUUGAUGAGAACCAAUUACGGGUAUAACAGUUUUGAAUGUACCGUGUGUGGUGUGCAACCCUAGUGAGGAUAAGCAGUUGGCAGAAAAUGGAUAGAUGAAUUGAUAGAUUAUAAACUUGCCAUUCCACACCUAAAUUGUAACUCAAAUUGGGACGAUAAUGAACACUUGUUCUACCAUUGAAUCAAUUUUAUUAUUAAGUUUUGCAUGACUUAAAAUAAAAAAAACUAAUAAUUGUU